UUUAUAGCAAUUUCACUCAUUUUUAUUUAUAGAUACCCCAUUAAAAAUUUUAGCAACACUGCCUCUGUUUUCCAUGGCUUCUAUGAACAACAAAAACAGCAUCAAAAUCCACGAGAACUGCAAGGUUGCUCCUCCAUCUGCAACCGAAGCAUGUUUUCCUCUCAUUUUCUUCGACUUGCUAUGGUUCAGGUUGCACCCGGUAGAGCGCAUCUUCUUCUACAAUCUCCAAAAUCCAGAAUCAGACCCAUAUUUUUUCUUCCUCAAAGUGGUUCCAAAGCUGAAAACUUCACUCUCCCUUACCCUCCAACACUUCCCUGCUCUAGCAGGAAACAUUGUUUGGCCUUCAGAAUCAGAGAAACCACUAGUCAAAUUCACCCCUGGUGAUGAUGGUGUUUCAUUGAUAGUUGCAGAGUCCAACACUGAUUUCAACCAUAUCUUAGAGUACAACACACUCCAUGAAGCUGCAGAGUCUCGUUCUUUCAUACCCCACUUGGAAUCAACCGAUUCCUCUGCUUCUGUUAUGUCCCUGCAAAUCACUCUGUUCCCAAACAGAGGUUUUUCUAUUGGAAUCAGCACACACCAUGCUGUUCUUGAUGGAAAGUCUUCAACGUUGUUCCUCAAGGCUUGGGCUUAUCUAUGUCAAACCAGUGAAGAAUCUGAAUCUGAAUCUCCCUCUUUGUUGCCAGAUUUUGAACCCUUCUUUGACAGGAAAAUCAUCAAAGACAGAGAGCCAGCAGAACUCGGCAUACCAUUUGCAAAAAACUGGACAGAGGUUUUGUCCAUGAUGUUCCCAGUUGAGAAAAGCAACGAGCAAACCUUAAAGAUUCUACCAUUUCCACCAAAAGUUGAGGAUUCAGUUAGAGGAAGGUUCUUGCUCACACGUGGAGAUUUGGAGAAGAUAAAGAAAAGGGUGUUAUCCAUGUGGGAAAAAGACUUCAACAGAGAAGGAGAAUCAAUCGAUUCGGUUUCGGUCCCUCCUUCAAAGCCACAAACAUUAUCAUCCUUUGUUCUCACUUGUUCCUAUGUGCUUGUUUGCAUGGCCGAAGCAAUUCAUGGGGUUGAAAAGGAAAGGCAGAAAUUCGCUUUUUCAUUCACUGUGGAUUGCAGGGCAAGGUUAGAGCCUCCAAUCCCUGAUAAUUACAUUGGGAACUGUGUGUGGAGCCAGAUAGUGGAUACAGAGCCAAUGAAUUUUAUCAAGGAAGAAGGGCUUUUCUUAGUUGCUAAGGGCAUUCAUGAUAAGGUAAAAAAGUUAGGUGAAGAAGGUGUUCUUGAAGUGGCUAAAGAUGGGUUUUCUAAAGUUGUGGCUUUGGCUAGUGAACGGGCUGAGAUGCUUACAGUGGCAGGGUCGAAUCGAUUUGGUGUUUAUGGAAUUGAUUUUGGGUGGGGAAGGCCUGUGAAGGUGGAGAUAACAUCGGUAGAUAGAGGUUUGAUAAUUGGAUUAGCAGAGAGUGAGGAUGGAAAAGGUGGUGUUGAAGUUGGGCUUGUUCUGAAUAAACAUGUCAUGGAUCUUUUCAUUGCUCUGUUUCAUGGAGGACUUUGUGAUGAGUGAUGGGAGCUAGAUGCCUAGAUACAGAAAUUGUUUUGGCUAUAGAGAAAGAGAAGGAGUAGGAGCUGAGAUAUCAAGGU